AACAACUGAGACCAUAAGAGCAGAUAAUUAAAAGGAAGAAGAGAGAGGCAGAGAGAGAGAGAGAGAGAGAGAGAGAGAGAGAGGGGAGAGUGAUCCCACCAUACAUGAAGUUCCUCUGCAAACUUCCCAUGUCCAUCAUCAUAGCAUAGCAUACUUCUCCUCUUGCCCUCUUCCCCUCUUCAGUGCCAUGACAGACAGCAUUCACUUGCUUCAGUCCAUGACUCCCUCAACCUAGUAUGGUUGCCCCGGGAAUCUGCUAGGAAACCUCUGCUCUGGUCUCAUUGUCCUGGAAGAAAGAUUAUGGGGAAUCGCCGGGUUCGGGAUCUCUGCUUCUCUGUGAACUUCGUACUAGUCUUCGGGAUCCUAGUCCGACCUUCGGUUUCGCAACUUAUCCCGACCGAAACCCGCGCGUUGUUCCAAGCCCAGAGACUGCUCGAGUACCCCGAAGCUCUUCAGGGGUGGAACAACUGGACCAACUUCUGCUACCUCCCGCCUUCUCCUUCUCUUACCAUUGUCUGCUCCAACAACCAUGUAACGGAACUCACCAUUGUCGGGAACAAGACAUCGCCUUCUCGUGCCCCGUAUUCAGGUCUACGAGCAGGGAAAUUCUACGCCUCCAAUCAGACUCUGUCUCAAACCUUCUUGAUCGAGUCUUUAUUCACCGUGCUCACGAAGCUCUCCAAUCUGCAGUCGCUGUCCCUGGUGUCCCUUGGGUUGUGGGGCCAGCUCCCCACGAAGAUCAACCGGUUCCACUCGCUUGAGUCGCUCAACCUCAGCUCGAACUUCAUUUAUGGGGAGAUCCCUCAGUCGAUCACCACUUUCAAGAGCCUGAGCCGCCUUGCAUUGGAUGAUAAUCUAUUCAACGGGAGCGUCCCGGAUCUUAAAUUGUUAGGAGUCCUUAUGGAGCUUGACCUGAGUUCGAACUCGCUAGGACCAGAGUUCCCGUCUCUAGGAGACAGCCUGGUGAAUGUCUCAUUGAGGAACAAUUCUUUCAAAUCCGAGAUUCCGCCCGUGCUGGGGAACUUCAUUCAGCUUUGCCGGUUCGAUGCCUCGUACAACAAGCUUGUUGGACCUUUCCCAUCCUGGAUUUUCUCCCUGCCUUCAGUUCAGUACAUUAAUCUAGCUGAGAACCAGCUAGGUGGAACGAUAAGGAUUAACCUGUCAUGCAGUGGAAACCUCACUUAUGUUGAUAUCUCUCACAAUCUUCUCGUCGGGAAACUGCCUCCAUGCAUGAGCUCGAACAUCACAAAUAGGACAGUGAUCACCUCAUGGAAUUGUUUGUCCAGUGGGGACAGAAAGUACCAGCAUUCUGAUUCCUACUGCCGGAAGGAGGCAUUGGCAGUUCAGCCACAGACUGGCAGUUCCACUACGAAGAAAGAAGCCAGGAUCAAAUUAGGCCUCAUCCUCGGAAUCAUUGGAGGCACAGUUGUAGCCACAGCUGCUCUCGGGUUGCUGAUCUUGUGCAUUAUCAGAAGGGCUAAAGAGAGAAGAUCAUCAGGUGAUGACAAGACUUUCAACCGCUCUUUUGCAGACGAGCUGUCAUUCCGUUGGUCCCCCAAGUUGAGUGUUGAUUCAAGGAGGGUGCCCCAGACAAUGAGGAUGAUGUCGAUAGGGCUGCCAUCUUACCAUGUUUACACAUUGGAGGACAUCGAGGAGGCGACUAACAACUUUGAUCCAUGCAACUUAAUGACCGAAGCUUCUCAGGGGCAGAUGUAUAAAGGUUGGCUCAGGGACGGCUCAGUAGUCCUGGUGAAGUGUCUCAAGAUAAAGCAGAGACAUCUGCCACAGAACCUGAACCAGCAAAUGGAAAUCUUAUCGAAGCUCCGGCACCGUCACUUGGUCAGCAUUCUAGGACACUGUAUCGUCACUUACCAGGACCACCCAAACAUCUCAAGCACGGUAUUUAUCCUUCUGGAGUAUGUAUCAAAUGGUUCUCUCAAGGACUAUCUCACAGAUUGGAGGAAGAAGGAGACGCUGAAGUGGCCACAGAGAAUGACAAUCAUGAUUGGGAUCGCGAGGGGGGUGCAGUUCCUGCACGCAGGAGUCGCAACCGGGGUUUUUGGGAAUGACUUGAAGAUAGAAAACAUUCUCCUCGAUGAUAGUCUCACGGCGAAAAUCAGCGGAUACAAGAUCCCUCUACCAUUUAAGACGGGUUCGGAGAAUUCAAUCAACGACCAGGAUAGCUCCGACCCUCCUGGCAAUGAGAAAGAUGCAGAAAAGGAGGAUGUCUAUCAGCUGGGCAAGAUCCUGCUGCAAAUCAUUCUUGGCAAAUUGGUGAAAUCCCCCAGUGAACUGGGAGACCAGAGACAAAUGUUGGAAUGGAGUCUAACAGAACACCCGACACAGCUAAGAACUGCGACGGACCCUUCGAUUAGAGGCACGUACGCUUUCCAAUCGCUUAAAACUGCCGUGGAAGUUGCCGUGAACUGCCUUGAGAAAGAACCAAGGAAGCGGCCUUCAAUAGAGGAUGUUCUAUGGAAUCUGCAGUACUCAAUUCAGGUCCAGGAGGGAUGGACCAGCAGUGAGAAUCUAAGUACAAGAACAUAGACACAUCGAUUUCACUGCUUCCUUCUGUACUAUAAAUUUAUCCUAAACUGUGACAGUCCCAGAUUAUUUAGUACCCGGUUAGCUGCUCCGCAACAUAAAAAAUUUAAAGUGAUCAAUAUUCCUUAAAGAGAA